AUGCUUCGGCUGCGCGCGCCGAUCAUGGCUCAGCCACCUCACAUUCACGAUCUUGCUGACGAGCUACUGAGCGAGAUCCUGUCUUUUCUUCUCGAGCCCGCACCCCGAGUUUUGAAUGGCAGAUUCAAUCGAAAUGGGCAUACUUCCAGGCCUGGCGACCACGACCGUGACGAAAUGUCCGAUCUUGAUCACUUUCGACUCGUUUGCAAGCGUUUCAUGCGAAUCGGUACCCCUUACAAGUUUAACCGAUUUACUCUACGCUUCUCUGAUCACGGCUUCCGGCGACUAGAUGAACUAGUAGACAUGCAGCUGGCUUACUAUGUGAAAACCAUCACAUACAUGGUGCGACCAUUUUAUCAAGGAAGCGGAUGGGCCCGGACUCUGCGAACUUUGGGGUCAGAGAACCCCAAACUAUCCCAAUUACACAGUCGCCGACUGCGUGAACAAACCAAUCUCACUGAAACCAACAAUGACCAAACCCGCCUCCGCCGUGCAAUCACGUCCUUCUCAGCUCUGCAGGAAAUAAAGCUCCUUAGACUCCAAGAUGAAGCAGACGAGUACCUCAUCGACUUUAUACGCGACCACUCACUGGGAACCAGCACCAGCACCGCAACGGGCAUCCGCUUCGACUGGGAAAGCGCCUGCUCGCGCGCCGUAACAAACCUCAGCAUUGCUCUCCUCGACUCAAAAUGCAGCUCAAUUCGCUUCACGGGGCCCCAGAUCAGCCCUGAAGCAACCCUCCAGCUCCUCCGUGCCCCCUCAACAACCCUCGCCGCCAUGGGCGGACGCCUCACAAGCCUCGACAUAAACUUCCACUCGGCAACCGACAUCACCAGAACUAUGGCCGACCUCUCGGAUGUUUUUCACCGCUUCUUCAUUGCAGCCAAAAACCUCAUCGCCAUCCACAUUGGCUUCCUCAGUAGAACACCCCUGGACCUCGAUCUGGAGCUACUCUUCCAUCACAUCCGCUGGAAAACUCUCCGCAAACUCAGCAUCCAAGGCUGGCGUCUGAGCGCAGACGAGAUUAUCGCACUGGCCCGCCGCCACAGUCCACAUCUACGGGAUUUCCGCCUACUCAGUGUCUACCUUCGGCCUGGCGGCUUGUGGCGCGAUGUUCUUUUUGUCCUGCGCGAGGAAAUGGAGCAGCUGGAGCGGCUGGUUCUGAAGGAUAUUAACUAUGCAGCGCACUUGGAUUCCCUUGCCAUCUCUAACGGUGUCGAAGUCUUUGAUGACUACCCUACUGGACCUGUGCCAUCCUCUGUUACUGUUGCGGCUGGUACCUCCUCGGGUGUUCAGUCGCCGACUACUACCCCACUCUCGCCCGACGGCCUCCCUAAUUUGGGAAGGGGAAAGCGCUUGCCAUUGAGGCGGACAUCACUUGAGAGACUACGUGCUUUGUCUUGUGAGGACUUGGGGGACGACGGUGUGAAUGUCUUGUGUGAGCAGAUGCCUCUUUGGGAGGCAUGGGUUCUUUCUGCUCCGCAUCAAGUUAAAAGAAAUGGCCGGUCACAUUGGAGUAUGUGA